AUGAGGACGCUGGCGAUAACGUUAUGUUUUACCUUUGCGGUCGCAUUAGCUGUACCCAUCAAGGAGAAUAGUGAAGUUUCGAGGGAUAAAAGGUCUCCGGGCUGGCACUCAGAACCCGAAGGAGUUUGGGAGAAAAAACUUGUCUGGAAAGAGGACUGGAAACAAAUCUGGAAAACUGAAAAGAAAUUAAUAUGGAAAUCUGAAUGGAAAAAAGAAAAAGUGCCGGCAUGGAAGACAGAAAAGGUUCAGCAAUGGAAAGAAGAACAAGUGCCCGCCUGGAAAGUAGUACAGAAACCCAUAUGGAAGGAAGUUCAAGUACCGAUUUGGAAAGAAGUUCAGGUUCCAGAUUGGAAAAAAGUUUCGAAACCAGUAUGGAAAGAAAUACAAGUACCAGUAACGAAAACGAUACAAGUACCAGAGUGGAAACAGAACUUUGUACCUGAAUGGGUUAAAGAAGGAGUACCCGGAGAAAAAUAUCUAGGCAAAGAUGAACAUGGCUGGGAAUACACGAGUCACGAUCUUUGGAGGAAAAAGUUAGUGUGGAAACCUGUGUGGAAGAAAAUAUGGAAACCGGUACAAAAACAAGAAUGGGUGACCGAUAAAAAAUUGGAAUGGAAAGAUGAAUGGAAACAAGUCUGGAGAACCGAAAAGAAACAGGCUUGGGUAACAGAAAAGAAACAAGAAUGGGUAGAAGAGAAAGUACAAGUUUGGAAGACAGUCAAAAAAGAAGUAUGGGUUCCAGUCCAAAAGAAAAUCUGGGUAGAGAAAUGGAAGCAAAUCCAAGUACCCGUAUGGAAGACAAUCGAAGUGCCAGCCUGGAAGAAGGUGUGGAAACCUGUAUGGCAAAAAGUCUGGGUACCAAUCCAUCAUGAACACCACGAACACCACGAACAUCACGGCUGGGAUAAAUAG